AGAGUUGUUAGUGCCAGAUUGCGAUAAGUCGACAUAGCUGAUUUGUCCAUUCUGUCUGGCAAAAUGAAAGAGCAACAGUGAUUGGCCGGUCGUUCAGGAUUCUCAUUCACCACGUUCACACAUGUGUAAACUUCCACACUACACUUGUUUCACUCUUGACUUUUAAGCUUUGUUGAGCCUUAAAAACACAAAGUUCUUGAUAUCAUGCCGAAGAAUAAGGCUGGAGGAGGGGGAGCCAAGGGUGGUGGAGCCAAAGGCGGUGGUGGUGCCAAAGGCGGAGCGAAAGGGGGCAAGGGAGGCAAAGGAGGAGCUUCUGCAGCAGAUGGAGACUCUGGUGACAAAGUGAAGAAAGGAGGAACUGCAGUCAAGGUGAGGCACAUACUGUGUGAGAAGCAUUCCAAGUCCAUGGAGGCUCUGGAGAAGCUACAGUCUGGAAUCCGAUUCAAUGUAGUGGCUGAACAGUACAGUGAAGACAAGGCCGGACAAGGGGGAAAUCUCGGUUGGAUGACACGGGGGUCGAUGGUUGGACCAUUUCAGGAUGCGGCCUUUGCGCUAGCUACGAGUACGACAGAUAAGCCUAUUUACACGAAUCCGCCGGUCAAGACGAAACAUGGAUAUCACAUAAUCAUGGUUGAGGGAAAGAAAUUAUAAUAGAAUGUUGACUAUAGUUCGUGAUGGAUCGAUUCAACGUGGUGUUUGUUUUUAGAGAAGAAAAAAAUGUAAAGCAGAAUCUUAAAGUGCAAUCACACAGCUGGGUUAUGCACCAAGCUUAUUAUGCACCCAAGGACACUGGGUUUCUUCACCCAAGGAAACUGGGUUUGUACACCCAGAGAAACUGGGUUAAUUCACCCAAGGAAACUGAGUUAAGUCUCCCAAGAACUGGGUUUCUUCACUCAAAGACACUGCCUGGGUUUCUUCCCAUAAAGGAAACUGGGUUUCUUCACCCAAUUCUUCCAAAGGACACUAGGUUUCUUCACCCUAGGACACUGGGUUUCUUCCCCCAAGGACACUGGUUUUCUUCCCAAGGACACUAGGUUUCUUCACAGGGACACUGGGUUUCUUCACGCAAGGACACUGGGUUUCUUCUUUAAGGACACUGGGGGGUUUUUCACCCAAGGAUCCCAAGGUUUCUUCACCCAAAGACACUGGGUUUCUUCAAAAAGACACUGGGUUUUUUCACCCAAGGAAACUGGGUUUCCUCCCAAGGCAAUGGGUUUCUUCACCCAAAGACACUGGGUUUCUUCCAAAAGACACUGGGUUUCGUCACCCAAGGAAGCUGGGUUUUUUCCCCGAAGGACACCUGUUUUUUCAUCCAAGGAAAAUGAGUUUCUUUACCUAAGGAAACUGGGUUUCUUCACCCAAGGACACUGGGUUUCGUCACCCAAGGACACUGGGUUUCAUCUACCAAACAAGGUACUCAUGGCGCUUUCAAAAUCACAUCUCCUGAAUUUUUGAGCCUUGAUAUGAGUAUAUAGUGUUAACCUUAUCCAGCUGUAUAUGGAUUUCACAUGACGUCAAUGAUUGUCACAUUUAAUUAAAAAAACAGCCAAUCAUAGCCUUUCACGCAUGCAAGUUUCAUUAACCCUGGCGGCCAAUGAAAGGGGUCUAUACUAGGAUGGUGCAGAAUUGACGUCACAGGCGUAAGAAAUAAAAGGGGAGAAUAAAGUGGCCACUUAUAUUUAGUUAGCUUUUAAUGAACUACCACGGUUAGUACUCUAUUCGCCUAAUACACACUCUGUACAUUUUUAUAUUAAUCUACAUUGUGUUGAGGCUCUUAAACACCAAAAUAGAACACAGGUUUUAGUAAUAAUAAUAAAAUCCAAAUUAUGGAACUCA